AUGGUUGUGGCUGGGCCCAAGGCCAAGGCUUCAGGUCUUUUAGCAUCGCUUGAAACACCACAACCUCGUGCCGCUUUUCGUCAACUGUUUCGACAACCCGACAUGGCAGCAAUUGAGUUUUGCUUAGUCCAGGAGGAGGAGAGUUCUGUCCACGCGGUUGCAUUUUCCCCCGACGGCCAGUACAUUGUGGUCGGAUGCGGCGACAAGAGCGUGAAGGUCUGGAGCCUUACUGAGCAGCUGCAGAGUUUCUCCGGCCAUGAGGACACUGUGCAGUCGGUUGCAGUCACCGCUGAUGGGCGCGCAGUGUCGUGCAGCCAUGACAAAACGCUUCGCGUGUGGCGACUACCACGGCACCCUUUUCUUUAUGCUCAGGUGCCGUUCGUAUCAGCUCCCGUUUACAUGCCACGUCCCGUUGCACGAGCUCCAGGGUCACCACAAGCAAUGCUGUCGAGGGACCGCAUGGAGGAAUUUCACGAGCGCCUGAAAAACGCAGAAGCGAUGAAUAAGCAGAUGAGGGAGCAGCUCGAAGAGGAACACUCCGACGAG